AUGCAGCAGCCGUGCAGCGACAUGGACGACGCGACAGGCGAGGCGUACGUGGACAUCCGAGUGUGCGACCUCCUCGUCCAGCAGGGCAACAUGCCAAAGGGGCUGGACAGCGGCUUCCAGAUUGACGGGUUGUACGUCGUGCUUCGUUGUCAUGAAGAGGUUCGCCGCACCAGCUGUCUGUGGACCUCUGUCUCUGGUGCAUCCGCGAAGGAGAGGCAAAGCUCAGACAUGCCGCCCGAUGCUGCUUCGGGUACGCACGAAGAGCAGAAUGAAGAUGAUUUGGUGUGGAACGAGAUGUUUCGCUUUGUCGUUCCCCCAGCACUGCAACCGAUCGCUCCUGUUGCCACACCACUUGGUCCGCACUCCCCGCCCUCCGCGCACGGCGGAGAUUCUCAGGGAGGGUUCUGUACCCCCUACACCCCUCCAUUUCAUCCGAGUGGCAGCAGUAACGGCGCCGAUGGCAGAGCGCGUGGCCUACCCUAUGGCGCCGCACUGCCCAUGUGCACGUCAGCAGCUGGUGGAAUAAGGGGACCUGACAGUAGCGGAUUUGCUCUCUCCUACUCGCCACCGCCUUCCUUCCUUGCCAUCCCGACCUCCCCACUGCGCAGUGCGGUCGCGCAGCCGCAGCCUUCAGGGGGUGGCAAUAGCUCAAGAGCCACUGAGGCUGGGGUGGGGAACUCCCCUUCCCAUUACCCUUCCAUUGAGCUUGAACUGUGGCGCAGCACCCCGCUCUCGGAGAAUCUGCUAGGCUGCUACACCUACCAUCUCCCCAUAGAGCUGAUGCAAGGCGGAUAUGACCUCAGCACCCUCGACGCGGUGGUGGAGCGGGUGGUUCUGCUGCGUACCAAGGAGGCGCCGAGUAUAAUGGGCAACCUCUAUGGAUGGAGCGAGCAUCGGCUUAGUCUGCGGCUGCGGGUGCAAGCGGUGGGACUGGCGCCUCUGAUGGCUGCAUGGUCGCCACAACAAGGUAGCAAGGCAAUGCCGAUUACGGCAGCAAAUAUGACCGGCAGCGGUGCUUACCCUGGGCCCUUCUCAGCGGGUAUGCCAGAUGGCACUGUGGCCAGCGCGUCACCGUACGCGGCAGCCAGCGUCUACGGCACAACCUUUGGCACGCUGAAUCCGGUACUGGCAAACCUCCUCGCCCCCCUUGGUGUGUCCAUGGGGGGAAGCGCUGUGCAGCACGUGCCACCCGGUGGGAUGAUGUCGAUUUCUGGAGGCAUAGGCGGUGAUCAUCUGCAGAAGCCCGGGGAGCCGCCUUUCUUAUCCAUGCUCCCUCCAUUCCAAACCGCCGCCCCUGUGGGGGGCAGGCUGUUUCACCCACAUCUUCCCGGGGUGCCAUCAGCGACUCCCCAGUCCCCUGAUCAAGGCAUCCUUGGCGAUGGAGACUUGACGUGGCAAUCGAGCACCACUCAGCCGACUGUGUACUCUCCGUAUGGAUUGCCGCAGAAACGCUAG